UAUAGCAUGUUGACAUGGUCACUAUGGUGCGGACUAUUAUUCGUCCUGUGGAUUUAUUUUCUGUGGAGUCGGCGCCGAUUUUACCUACUCACCCUUAAGAUUCCCGGACCUAUCGGAUACCCAUUUUUGGGAAUGGCGCACAAAUUGAUCCACAGGGAAGAUAUUCUGAAUGAAUUUGGAAUUUAUCUGGCAAAGCAUGGCCCAACAAUAAUGUCAUGGCUGGGCCCUAUUCCCUUUGUGAUCGCUAGUGACCCGCAAGUGGUGCAGGACAUCCUGACCUCGCCUCACUGCGUCAACAAAGGCAUAAUUUACAGGGCCGUAGACGAUGGAAUGGGCGUAGGACUAUUUAGCAUAAAGGAUCCCCGCUGGAGUGUUCAUCGCAAGCUACUGAAUCCGGCAUUCAGCCACAAGGUAUUGCUCAGUUUUCUUCCCAUUUUCAACAAAGAGACGGCGCAGCUACUCAGCCAGUUUGAUGAUUUGCCGAGCAAGGGGGAGUACAAUUUGAUUCCGCUUCUGCAAAACUUUACGAUGGGCAUAACAACUCAAACCACAAUGGGAUUGGAUGUGAAAAGUGAGGCGAACUUCAACUCCAUCGUGGAGAGCUAUCACUGUUGUCUGGAAACCAUCACAGAUAUGUGCAUCUCGCCAUGGCUCCACUUCAAGUGGGUCCGCCAGCUAACGGGCAGGGAGAAAAACUACCAUCGGUCCAAGACGGAGAUCCGGGCGUUCUUAAAGAAGCUUAUUCAAAAAAGAUUAGCUGAGGACACGGAGGAUUCCAUUAAGUCGAAGGAUAAGAACAUUUUUCUCCACGUAACAACGGACCUUCUUAAGCGUGGUGUAUUCGAUUUGACAAAUGUAGAGGAUGAGUCCAACCAAGUUGUGUUUGGUGCUUUUGAGACAACCGCUAAAACCGUGUACUACGUUCUCAUGUUGCUGGCCAUGUUCCCCCAAUACCAGGAGAAAGUGUUUGAAGAAAUCAAAAGUCUCUUCCCCGAUAGCGGGGAUUUCGAGGUCACAUAUGAAGACACUCAGCAAAUGGUGUACCUGGAUCUAGUUAUAAAUGAGUCAAUGCGAGUAAUUCCGCCAAUUCCACUUGUAUCGCGGCAAACGUCAGGCGAUCUGACUCUGUCGAGUGGGACUGUGAUUCCCAAAGGAGUGCAGAUCAUGAUUGAUAUCUUCCAUAUGCACCGCAGUAAGAAGAUCUGGGGACCGGAAGCGGAAACCUUUAAUCCAGACAAUUUCCUUGCGCACAAUACUGGGGGCGAGAAGCACCCAUAUGCCUUUAUACCUUUCACAAAGGGUAUUCGGAAUUGUAUAGGCUGGAGAUAUGCUUCGAUCUCAGUGAAAGUCAUAUUGGCGAAACUGUUGAGGAACUUCAGCUAUAAGACCAGCUUUAAGUUUGAAGAUCUUGUUUUUAUUGAAGAUGUAACCAUAAAACUCAAAACGGUGCCAAAGCUGCAAAUUCAAAAGAGAACUUGA